UCGCACAUCGCUCAGUCUGCAGCAGCCGCCUCCUGCCUGUGACUCCUGCAGAGCUGCUCCCUCACUCACUCACUCACUCACUGACUGGCAGCCCAGUGCUGCUCCACAUCCCCAUCACCUGCAACUGCUGGCUAGCGAUCUGCACUCAGGGUUUGAAAGAUGAAGAGGUGGCCGCUUGAUGCUGAAAGAGACACUUACCUGCAACCCUGACAGUGAGAUUCUCAAAGCCCAUGGACCUGUUUACAGAACUUCAGCUUCUAGAAAAAGCCUCCACUCUAGAGCGCCUCCGCGCAGCCAAGAAACGCAGGGAGCAGCAGCUGAAAAGAUGGACGCAGAGAGAGAAGGAAGAGGAAAACCGAAGAAGAAGACAGCAGAAAGGGAACAGGAAAACACCAACAAUCAGGAGCAAGAGAGUUUCCUUCCCUCCUCGUGUCACCCUCCACGAGGCUUGUCUGAGGAACGAUCCUGAAGAAGUUCGGUCGCUCCUUCAAAACAAUGUGGACCCCAACCUCAAUAAUGAAGAUGGACUGACCGUCCUGCACCAGUGCUGCAUAGAUAACUAUGAGGAUCUGCUGAAGCUGCUCCUGUCACAUGGUUCUAAUGUGAAUGUUACAGACAAUGAGCUCUGGACCCCUCUCCAUGCUGCUGCCACUUGUGGGCACACUAACCUGGUGCGCAUCCUGAUUCAGCAUGGCGCUGACCUUCUUGCGGUGAAUGCUGAUGGGAAUAUGGCGUAUGAUCUGUGCGAGGAUGAAGCCACACUGGACGUUAUUGAAAGCUGCCUGACAUACCGAGGUAUUACACAGGAAAUGAUUAAUGAAGCUCGUCAAGCACCGGAGCGUCACAUGCUGAAUGACAUAAGGGCUGUGGUGGCAACUGGACAGGAUCUGAACAGAUCAGAUAACCAAGGAGCCACACUGCUCCAUAUAGCAGCGUCUCGUGGCUUUGCAGAGGUGGCUGAGAUGCUUUUGGAGAAUGGGGCCCACGUUGAUGUGAGAGAUCCAGAUGAGUGGGAACCUCUACAUGCUGCAGCCUUUUGGGGCCAGAUCUAUGUAGCAGAGGUCUUAGUGUCGCACGGUGCCAGUCUCAGCGCUAAAACAGCCCUGGAUGAGACACCUCUUGAUCUGUGCGAGGAUGAGGAACUUCGCUCUUUGCUUCUCGAACUGAAGCACAAACAUGAUAUCAUUAUGAAGUCUCAGCUGAAGAACAAGUCCUCUCUGAGCCGCAGGAGUUCCAGCACUGGGAGCCACGGCACCUUCUCUUACCCUCUCUGUGUGUCUCCAACCAGUAAAGUGGUGCGGCGUGCCAGCCUGUCAGAGAGAAACAACCUGUAUAGAAGAGAAUAUGAGAAGGAGGCAGUGGUGUGGCAGUGCUUGGUAUCUUCAGGGAACACGGAGGGCACCCAGGACGAGGAAGAGAGCAGCCCUGAAAUACAGCAGCAGGCUUCUCUGGAUUGUGAGCAAACACUGGGUCCAUCUGAAUCCCAGUUCCGGAAUGGAUUCUGCCCUCCUCUGCCUUCCUGCUACUGCCCUUCUCUAUUGCCUGAUAUCCAAGUGCCAACGCCAGUUUCAAACGGUAACACCAGCCACUCCCUCCCCUGCUAUACUGGAAGCCCCCUUUGGAGUAGCAUUCUGGACCAAGCCCCCUUAACUCUGUCUGAACUGAAAAGGCAAAGGUCAGCAGCUAAACAGGGGAGACUGCUGAUUAAGAACAAUAGUGACUUGCAGAGACUCACAGCAUUAGAUUAUAACAGCCCCGGGACACCUCCCUGGUGCUCAAAUGGGGGGUCUGUUUACUAUACUCCAACCAGCGGGGAUCCUCCCAUUCUGAGGUUAAAAUCUCCCAUGGAGGAAGAGGAGGAAACCAGAAUAUUGCAUUGCUGUCGGAUAUCCUAAACCGGAGGCCAUGGCUUCAAGAGAAUGUUUUGAAACAAUGUGCAAGUGCCAAACGUAUAGCAAAGAGCACUUGUUGCCACACAGAGCAAUGCAUGCCUGUUUCAUGUAUAUCUGUACAUAGAAAGUCACGUAUGCUUGUAUAUACUGAGCUGUAUAUAGAUGCCUCACCAGAUUAUACAGAGUUUUACAAGUUCCUCUUCUGUACACAAAUCUGGGUGUACAUACCCUAUGUAAUGUAUACUUGUACAGGAUCUGUAGCUGUAAAUGUAGGACUGUUUAUAUCUGUGUAUACGCAGCAAUGUACAUCCACAAAGCUAUAUAUUUGCGUACAGGUACUGCAGUGUGAAUGUAUGGGUGUGUAAAUACUCCAAGUGUUAUAGAUCUGAUGAUGAACUGUUUAUUCACAAUAGUUGGACAGUUGUAACGGCACAAUGCGCAUACGUGGGCACUGCUGAAAACACUUGGUUUGGUGUUACUCGGCCUUGCCAACCUGUUGCUCCAGUGUCUGCCAUAGACUGAGCAUUUGCUAUACUUAUUUAUGGGGAUUGUUGGAAGUCAAAUUGUGACUAGUUCUCCAUAAGAAGCCAUAGGGUGGCCAGUACACAAUGGUCCUUAGUGGUCAGGUGCGUCUGCCCAUAAUCUCAACUGAGUAUCCUAGGCACAAAGCAACAGUGUUUGACAACAGAAAAAAAGGCAAUUGGUCUGUUGGUUCUGUUCAUUAAAUGCCUACAAGGGAACACCGUCUAAUUUACUGCAACCUUGACUUAUUUUUGGCUGUAUCAGAGGUUCAUAUUUUAUAUAUUUAAAUAUUUAAAGUUUAGUGCUUCUGUUUAGUGUGCUUCAGUAACGCUUCCCUAUCUCCUCGUUCUCUGUUUAACCAGCCACAGGCACCUGCAGGCAGCAGCAUAGUCAAUGUUGAUAAAAGUAUCCUGCUUUGUUUGGUGGAAUGUUGGCUCUCAUACUGAGUUUAUGACUAGUCACUAGAAUAACUGCCAAAAAGCUAAUUAGGACUACUGCUGUUAAGUAAUGAUAAUGACAAGGGUACCAGGAAAUAUUCUUCCUCCCCAGCCCCUGCAUUUUUGCUCACUACCGCAAACACUGAUUACUGGUUAUGUGCCGUACAGUGGGACCCAGAGCUGGGUGCCUGUAAUGUGUUCAGAGCACACUGUGUGCAAAGCAGUGCACUUCAAGGCAAUAAAUCUUGUUUAUAGGCAGAGAGUGGGUGUGAUACUGAGUUACAAUGGUAUUGUCUGGUGCUGUGUACCCAGUGAUAAUCAGCCACUCCUCUUAAACAUUUUACAGGUUCAAUGUAUUGACUUUCCAAGCUCCUUUUAUAAUAAAGAUAAUUUUAAGGAGA